GUGAAAUCUCGCGGUGUUUUAUUACGGGAUCUCGCUCCAUCUCUUAGGGGAAAACAGCGGCUGUCUUCACUCGGAGCGCCGACAGGGCAGGCUCAGCUGACGCGACGGGAGGAGCAGAAAGGGAAAGGAGAGGAGUGUAGCAUCAGUCUAUGAGUGGCCGGGUCAACUCUUGCCGUCAUCCUGAUCCGACUCAAGUGUCUGCUGAAGCUACUGUGUCUGUAGACAGGCUUAGAUGGAGCUUCUGUUUUCUUUGUAAACCUGUUGCAAACCCAAACCUCCAGUCCCUGGUUGAGGCAGAAGAACAGACCCAGGUAUAUGUUAUAAUCUUCUGCCAUGGUGAUGCUGUGUAGACGCCCUGCAAAACCAUAAGUCUGUUGCUAUGGUGACUCGGUAGCCAGGAGCUGUCACUAUGGGAACAUCCAGGAUGUUCCGCAUUUUCGUGGUCUUGGGCUCGGCCUUCAUGAUCCUUCUCAUCAUCAUCUACUGGGACGAUGUAGGAGCCUCAAACCUCUAUCUGCACAUCCCGGUAUCCCCGGGCCCCAAAGUCCCUCACCCACCUCCCCAGCUGAGGCCCCACACCACACGGACCCCAUCUUUCCUGUCAGACAUAGACGCCUUCGUCAACCAGUUCUUGGAGCCGGGAACCGGGGAGCCCACUGACACGGUGCCAGUUGAUUCGAGCAACCAGUCAGAGAAGUCAGAGGAGCGUUACAUCCCCCGGAGGGAAUGGAAGAUUCACCUUACUCCAGUGGCAGCAGAGCUCCGAGAGAGACAGGAAAAGAGGCGAAGGUUACUCCAGGAGGUGUGCGCCAACGACAGUGUGGUGUUUCCGGGCAAAAACCGUUCAUUUGACGACAUUCCCAACAAAGAGUUGGAUCAUCUUAUUGUAGAUGACAGACACGGCAUCAUCUACUGUUAUGUUCCCAAGGUAGCGUGCAGUAACUGGAAGCGUAUCAUGAUCGUACUCAGUGAGAGCCUGCAGCAGGAGGGCGCUCCCCAAAGAGACCCUCUGGCAAUUCCCAGGGAUCUGGUCCACAACAGCAGCAUGCACUUUACCUUUAAUAAGUUCUGGAAACGCUACGGAAAAUUUGCAAAGCACCUCAUGAAGGUGAAGCUGAAGAAGUACACAAAGUUCUUGUUCGUGCGGGAUCCAUUUGUGCGUCUCAUCUCCGCCUAUAGGAACAAAUUUGAGAUGCGCAACGAGGACUUCUACCGCCGCUUUGCACAAGUUAUGUUGCGCCGCUACGCCAACCAGCCGACACCUCCUGCCUCUGUGGACAAGGCGUUCACUCUGGGCGUCCACCCGUCUUUCUCCCACUUCAUCCAGUAUCUUCUGGACCCUCAGACCGAGAAGGAUAUGCCCUUUAAUGAGCACUGGCGGCAAGUGUAUCGACUUUGCCAUCCUUGCCAGAUUCAGUAUGACUUCGUGGGCCACUUGGAAACGGUGGAGGAGGACGCGGAGCACCUCCUGCGCCUGCUGCGGGUGGACAACGUGGUGGAGUUCCCCACGUCUCACAGGAACCUCACAGCCAGCAGCUGGGAGGCCGACUGGUUCAGCACGGUGCCCGUCCAGGCUCGCCGGGAACUCUACAAGCUCUAUGAGCCUGACUUCAGACUCUUUGGUUACGACAGGCCAGAGUCGAUCCUCAAUGAGUGAUUCACACAGAGCUGAUGCAGUUAGAUUCAUGCGUCUCUACAUGUCCACCCCACAAGCAUUUUAACUCCAUGUUUUCCAUGAUGCCAUUUGUGCCCACAAUUGUGACCAAAUUCACAUACCUUGGUAGCACUCUGUUUAAAAAAAUGAUGCACAGAGACCAUUCUGGUUGUGAUUGCAGGCUUUGGACAAUUUGGAUAGUUUUCUGUGUUACUAGCUUAGUUUUAAUUAUUGCUGCACUAUCAGUAGUUAGCUGGUUUAUUUUAGAUUAAAUGCAAUGUUUUUAAGCAUGAAAGGGAAUUUUAUGUUAAAACGCACUCAUAGAAGUUGAGGACAGUGGAGACAUGUCCUGUUUUACCUCAUAUCCAGACGUGAAGAGUAUGUUUUCAUGCAGUGUAUCCGGGUGAUUACUUUAGAUCAGCUAUGUAAGGUUCUGCAUGCAAAACGUGCUGGAAAUUUAGUACAGCUGCUUGUGUUUGGCCAGUUUGAAGCCAAAUGCCACAACGUAGCCUCAGCAUAAGAAAGCACAGCUGCUGCAGCGGGCAGCACAUGAGCUGGUGAUCUGGGUUUGUCUCAGCUUGUUUUAAGAGACAUUAAACUGGACUUUCAGCAUUCUUACGAUUGCUAAUGCACAGAUGUGCCUCUUUUUGUUUUACAAAAAUCUUUUUCAAAGGGAAAUGUUCUUUUGUUUCUUGUUGUUUCCAUCAGUAUUCGAUGUUCUGUCUUUGUUUUGUUUUUUUUGUAAAGUACAAACUUUGCUUUUAGACGAUUCUGGGUCAACUCGCCUUUUCAUCAUUUCAUCAUCAUUCAGCCCGUAAACAAUCUAUUUCAUGCAACUAAUUGCUCCUCGGAUUAUUUCCCUUAGUAGAAGUAGUAUUUUGUAGAAUUCUGAAGAUAAUUAUAAAAAUGCUUGAAUCUUGCAUACAAUCCCAUUUAAUUGGAUAUUUUUACAUUACCUGUAUUUCCUAUUUCCACUGAUUUUACAUGGGCUGUUUCACUUAUUAAGUGCAGGCGAUUAUGACCCCUGAUUAAACUAAAAGGAGUUUGAGCUCCCCCUGCUGGUUGAUAAGAUUUAUUGGAGUCACUUAAAGUCAUAACCUUGCAGCAGGCUAUGAAAAGAAGGUAGUAACUUGCAGAAGGUUAUACAAAGGUACAUGUAAAAGUGGUAACAAAACAACUGCUGGUACAAAAUCUCAGAAGUGGCUGGCAAGGGAUUCUCAAGGUAUGAUAACCUUGAAUUUAAAUACUACAGUAUCACACCAUUAACACUGACAUCAAAACGUAACAGGAUCUACAUGGUUUCAUUAAAACAGAAAGAGCUAAUUCUUCUCAAAUGAUAUGUUUAUUAUUACUCUUACAAUGAUGCUGCCUAUAAUGUAGGCUUUGUCAAAAAUGUAGCAAAAAUAUACACAAAACACCCACUGAACUUGGAGGUAUAUUUUUAAGUGCUUAUUGUGCACAAUGUCCGUUUCACACCAUGGCUGGAUGUCUUUUUCCCAACUGAGGCAGGGGGAAAUGGGUAGGGGCUGUGUUUCAGCCACCUGACCAGCAGUGUGUAGCAACAGGCGGUGGAGGAGCAAAGUUGUGUUGAUCUUACAGUCAAACAGUGGAAAUAAAAACUUGUCACUUUCUUUCGCAUCUAUUUAAAAAGACGGCUGGGUGGGAAAUGUUAAUAUCCCGAUACUGAUAACUGGCAUAUUCCUAGCGGCACCGGACUGAACAGAGUCGGUACCAAACAUCGAUGUCCCCUAAAAGAGUUUACUUAUAAUGGGCAGCAUUUAUCAUGUGGUGCAUUGCCUUGUUUUUGUAGCAUUACUUCGAGCUUUGAAAACGACUGUCAAAUAUUCCCACACAGCUGUAAGCUGUGCAAAAUGAAGACCUUUCAGUAUUAAUAUAAGAAAGUAUUUAAUCACUGAGGCUAGAGUUGGAAUGAUGAGUUCAGAUACUUGGUUUAGGUGAUAAAAGUGUGAGGAAAGGACAGUGCCUUUGGUUGAUAAAGUUUACAGAGAAAAAUAAGUAUUUUUAUAGGACUUCAUUUUUACUAAAAUCACAGAUUCACAUGAAGGAACAUUUGAUACACUGGGGCUUGUUGAUCUCUCAACUUUAUUUACAGACCAAAAGAAAAACGAAGCUUUUUGGCUUAACUGUUAAUGUGGCAAUUUGAUAUAAAUCUAUCUUUGUUCGGUUUCCCCAUCAUUGUGCUUCUAUUCAUGGUGUAUCACUCUCCAUGCUGGAUCUUGUUGUUCAGACUCUACAUUGAUGUGGUAGACACCAAGACAUGUUGGUGUUUCUCCUUUGUUCUUAUCCUCGAUCAUUAUGCAGAAUUGUUUCUUAAAAAAAGGUCGAGACUCUUGUCUCCAUCGUGUGGCUAUAUGCUGUUGGUGUGGAUAUAGUCCACCUCUACUGUGUUUGUACUGUAAGUCCUGUUGGAUGUCAAUUCCUUUUGUUUUCUAUUUAUGUUUUUUGUGGCGGAUUACUUUGUAAGAUUCCAACUUUUUGGCUUUUUUCUGUCAACAUGCAAAAAAAAAAAAACAAUAUUGAAACAGAAAUGUUUGUAAGUAAAAAAAGAAACCAUUUAUUUAUGGUUCAAAUAAAACAAUCUAAUAUGCGUA